AUGAAGGAGAAAGCUGCCCUUGAAGAGAAGGAGAAUGAGAAAGCAGCUGCUGCUGCCGUGGAGGAGAAGGAGAAAACUGCUGCCGUGAAGGAGGAGGAGAAAACUGUUGCCGUGAAGGACAAGGAGAAAGCUGCUGACAUGAAAGAGAAGGAGAAAGAUGACAAAAUCAGUGAAUUCCAGCUUAAAUCAGGGGAGAAGAAGGUUUUCUUGCAGCGUUCAACUCCAAGGAGCAAAAUUGAUCUCGACUUUGAUAAUUCUUUCUCCAAUUUGAAUAAACAGGAGAAAGCUGCCAUGAAGGAGAAGGAUAAAGCUGUAGUGAAGGAGAAGGAGAAGGAUAAAGCUGCCACGAAGGAGAAGGAGAAUGAGAAAGUAGCUGCUGCUGCUGUGGAGGAGAAGGAGAAAACUGCUGCCGUGAAGGAGGAGGAGAAAACUGCUGCCGUGAAGGACAAGGAGAAAGCUGUUGACAUGAAAUAG